AUGGGUGUUGCAGGCUUCUACCGUUGGCUUGUUCAAAGAUAUCCUUUGAUAAGACAAAGGGCAAACCGCCUAUCUUAUCCAAGAAUCAAUAACUUUUACAUUGAUUUCAACUGUAUUAUUUAUAACAGUAUUCGGCUUGUUAAACCAUCAUUAGAUGGUGAUAACACUGUAUUAUUCAAUGAAAUAUGCCGUUAUGUCGAUCUUUUAGUUCAAACAAUCAAGCCAGAGAGUCUAUUGUUUAUCGCUGUCGAUGGCCCAGCUCCACUAGCUAAAUGCGCACAGCAAAGAUCUCGCCGCUUCGUCGCAGCACGCGACCACGAAGAUGGAACCUUCAGUACGGCCGCUAUUUCUGUUGGUACAGAGUUUAUGGAAGAAUUACACGAGCAUCUCUUAAAGUUCAUCAAUUCAAGGAUUGAAAACGAUCCAAUUUGGUCACAACCAAAAGUUAUUUACAGUUCUCAUCGUACACCAGGCGAAGGCGAAAAUAAAUUCUUUAAUUACAUGAGAGAACACAUGUUUACAGAGGAACAUGACGAAUUCGCUACACAUUGUAUCUAUUCACCCGAUGCCGAUCUCGUUUUCCUCGCUCUUCAAACAGGAUUAAAGAAUAUUUAUCUUAUGCGUGAAUGGGGAAGCUGGAUGGGCCCCAACGAGGAUGUAGCCAACGGAGAAAUCGACAAACUCCGUGUUAGUCCUGGAGAUUUCGAGCUUCUUCAUCUUCCUUUACUUCGCGAUUAUUUCCAAAAGGAAUUCCCUGAAUCCGACCUACCAAGGCUCAUCAAUGAUUUUGUUGCCAUCUCAUUCCUCAUCGGAAACGACUUCAUUCCUCAUUUUCCAGAAAUCGACAUUCAUAACGGCGAUUUCGACAAUAUUUUGACAGCUUAUCGCCUCUCAUUACUCGAUCGCAAGAAAUACCUCAUUACCGAAGAGAUUACAUACGACAAAGAGAACCUUCUCGCGUUCCUUAAAGCAGUUGUCGCAAAUGUUAGGUCCAAAGCUCGUCCGAGCGGCAAACCAGCUAAAACAAAGCACGCCAAGUCAACAGAAUUACAUACAAAGGAAGGAGCCCGUUCAUAUCUCAAAUCAAAGUAUAAAUCCGGAUUUAAUAAAGAGUUUGAAGAGGAAUUAUGCCAUUCAGUGAUCGAUUCCUUCAACUGGGUCCUCAAAUACUACUUCGAAGGCUGCCCAGAUUACACUUGGCAGUUCCAUUAUUUCUAUCCUCCUCCAUUAGUUCUUGUUGCGGAAUAUGUUCUCGAUUACGAACCGAACUUCGAACAAGGACGUCCACCGCUACCAUUUGAGCAGCUUCUUUCCAUUCUUCCUCCGAAAAUGUCCUAUUUACUUCCAUAUCCCAUUGCUUCACUUAUGUUUUCGCCAUCACCGUUGGCCGAAUACUAUCCAGACAAGUUCGAAAUCGACCUCAAUGGCCGCAAAUACGAAUACGAAGGAGUUACUCUGAUUCCUUUCGUUGAUAUGGAGAAAAUAAGGACAGAAACAUCAAGAGUGUUCGGAGCUCUGUCACCGAAAGAGAAAAAGAGAAACGAAUUCGAUGAACUCAAGAUUAUGAAUCCAGGAAAACCACAAACGAAGCUUACAAAGGAUCCACCGGGCCUUCCAACACUCAAUGGAAUAUUCCAGUACGAUUACGAGAACUCUUCAAACGAAUUGGCCAUAUUUGGUAAACCAUCCAGAUAUCCUUCGAUGUUUAUCGUUCCGGACUUCGAAGAAGUAGGCGAAAAUGAAAAGUACAAAGAUCUUGAAACGGCGAAACAGCUUAUUGGUAAAAUUGUACUUUGCAAUUGGCCAACUUUGAUUCCAGGCAAAGUUAUGGGCUGUUUCAACAACAAAGACUGUUUCGUUGUUGAUUCCCGCUCUCCUGGCAACCUCCUUACUUGCGGCGGUGCAAAGAAGAUGGAAAAUUUGAUUUCGAAUUUGAAGAGGACGAAAGGCUUAGAUUGCGAGAAGUGCACUGUUGGAUUGAUAGUUCAGCCGUACGCUAUCAAGUCAAUCAACGGCUCCGUAAUCAAAUCUGACGAAGAAUUCCUUUUCCCAGCCGAAUUAAUCGUAACAGACACUGUCGAAACAAUGAAGAGGUACCUCACUCCAGAACCCCCUAAGCUCCCUGAAGUAGGAUCAAGGGUAAUCAUAAUAGAAGGUGCCGACCAAGGAAAAGUUGCAAAAGUGACAAGUGUCGACCAAGGUACCGGCUACAUCACUGCCAAAUUAAUUCUUUCAACUCCAUUCGAUGGCAGCUUCCUCCGCAAUGACAGUUAUCCAUUAUCCAUCAACGAACUUGCCACUGAUUUAGAACUCAAGCCAGAAGUUGUUUCCUGCAUGUUAAGUACCGUAAAAGUCCUCAAUUUCCAAGGCGAUGUUCGUGUUCCUGAUGUCGCAUUGACUCUUUCCUACAGGGACUUAGUUAUGGACGGAAUUGCACAGAAACAAAGAGACGGAUCAAUCAUGUAUUCCAGAUCUGUUUUGAACAUUUGCAAGGAGUAUUUGGAGAACACAGGAUUGGCCGAUUUCUACUCAAAGAAAGCCAAAAUCCAGACAUCAGAGAAAGGACGUCCGAAACUCACGAUUUUUGGAGAUACAUUGGCAGGAAAACCUGAGAAAGCUCCUGCAAAGAUUGAAGAGAUACAGAACUGGAUACACAAUCAAUCAGAAGUCGCUGGAUUGUUCUUGAUCGAUACUUCAAUAAGCAUUGUAACAAGAACUUCUUCUACAAUGUUGGAAGUGAGAUUGGACAAAUUAAAGUUCGAAGAAACAGAAGGAAGUGAAGUGACAUUAAAUCCAAAGCAGUUCAUUGUUAGAGGUGGAUAUCCAGCAUCUAGAAGCAAGAUAAGUAUCGGUGACAGAGUUACUUCAAUCGCUCCAAAUGGCCCUGUUCCUUUCGGAACCCAUGGAACUGUUAUUGGUUUCAAUUACCAGACACACGAUGUUUACGUUGUUGCUGACACUCCUUUCGACUUGGGAUCGACACUGAGAAUGAGAUUGAACUCUCAGAGAGGUUUCGUUGCUUGCCAGAAUGAUUUGAUACUUUACUACAAUUAA